GCAGGAACUCCAAUCCAGGCUCGCUCUCUAUCGCCUCAAUAUGUCUCAAGAUGGCCGCCAAUGUGGGAUCGAUGUUUCAAUAUUGGAAGAAAUUUGAUUUACAACUGCUUCAGAGAGAACUUGAUGCCACUGCUACUGUAUUGGCCAAUCGACAGGAUGAGAGUGAACAGUCCAGAAAACGACUUAUUGAUGAAAGCCGAGAAUUUAAGAAGAACACACCAGAGGACUUAAGGAAAUUAGUGGCACCAUUACUGAAGAGUUUCCAGGCAGAGAUCGAUGCCCUAAGUAAAAGAAGCAAAGAAGCAGAGGCAGCCUUUUUAAAUGUUUACAAAAGAUUAAUUGAUGUUCCAGAUCCUGUUCAAGCGUUAGAUCUAGGACAACAACUCCAGCUCAAAGUCCAACGUAUGCAUGACAUUGAAACAGAGAAUCAAAAGCUGCGGGAAACGCUUGAGGAGUAUAACAAAGAGUUUGCAGAAGUCAAGAAUCAGGAGGUUACAAUAAAAGCACUUAAAGAAAAAAUCAAAGAGUACGAGCAGACCUUGAGCAGCAGAGCAGAAAGCCUUGCACUUGAAAAAGAGCAGAAAUUACAGAAUGACUUCACGGAAAAAGAAAGGAAAUUACAAGAGACUCAAACAUCCUUGGCCUCCAAAUUUGAGGAGGCUGAUCACAAAGUUCAAGUUUUACAGACAGCCCUGGAAUCAACUCAAACUGAACUAUUUGAUUUGAAAACAAAAUACGAUGAGGAGUCAACUGCCAAAGCAGAUGAAAUUGAAAUGAUCAUGACAGAUCUGGAAAGAGCCAAUCAGAGGGCAGAGGUAGUUCAGAGAGAGGCGGAGGCCUUGCGUGAGCAACUUUCCUCAGCUAACCAAUCCCUGCAGCUGGCCACUCAGAUCCAAAAAGCUCCUGAUGUGGAACAAGCUAUCGAAGUGCUAACACGAUCAAGUCUGGAAGUUGAAUUGGCAGCAAAAGACCGUGAGAUAAUGCAAUUAGUUGAGGAUGUGCAGAGAUUGCAGGCAAACCUGACCAAACUCCGUGAGACCUCAGCAAGUCAGGUCUCACAGCUGGAGCAGCAGCUUAGUGUGAAGAACAGCGCGCUCAAGCAUUUAGAGGAAAAACUGAAAGGACAGUCUGACUACGAAGAGAUUAAGAAAGAGCUGAGUAUCCUGAAGUCAAUGGAAUUUGUAGCAUCAGAAGGAUCUGGAUCACAGGAUACAUCCAAAACCCUAGAGGUACUUCUGCUGGAGAAGAACCGCUCAUUGCAGUCUGAAAAUGCAACUCUGCGUAUCACCAACAGUGAUCUUAGUGCUCGCUAUGCUGAGUUACAGAUGCAGUUCACUGAGGCUGUAAAAACCACAACAGGACAGAAGGAGCUGAUCAUAAAGCUGGAACAAGACCUCAGCACUAUCCAAUCAAUGUCCUCCCUGCCACGCCCUGAUACUGAGGGAGCAGAUCUGAGCAACAUAGAAAAGAUUCCAGAACCCAUCAAAGAAGCUACAGCCCUCUUUGGUUCUGGCCCUUUUCCAACCUCUGAACUUCCCCAGGGACAGAUGGACUCUCUGCUUUCCAUCAUCUCAAGCCAGAGAGAAAGAUUUCGAGCCAGAAACCAGGAGUUGGAAUCUGAUAACCGAAUGAUGCAGCAAACUUUGCAUGCACUUCAAAACGAGUUGGACAACCUGCGUGCUGACAAUAUCAAACUGUAUGAAAAAAUCAAAUUCCUGCAGAGCUACCCUGGCAGAGGAGCAAGCAGUGAUGACACUGAGCUGCGUUACUCCUCUCAGUAUGAAGAGCGCCUGGAUCCCUUUGCCUCUUUCAGCAGAAAGGAGCGUCAGCGCCGAUAUCUGAGUCUCAGCCCCUGGGAUAAAGCCACUCUGAGUAUGGGUCGUGUCGUCUUGUCAAAUAAGUUGGCUCGCAGUAUUGCUUUUUUCUACACCGUGCUGCUGCACUGCCUGGUCUUUCUUGUGCUGUAUAAGGUGGCGUGGAGUGAAAGUGUGGGCAGAGACUGUGUUGCCUAUUGUGCAAAGAAGUAUUCUGACCAUCUGCACAAGUUCCAUGAGAACGCUGAUGAAAAAGAUAUGUGGCAAUGAAGCAGAAGGUCUGUGUGACCUGAGGGUAGCGCUGAAUGACUGGACUCUAGCAGUUAUGUCCUUCAAUAAAGUCUUGCUUAGGGGCCACGCUGGUGUAGUUCAGUAUUAUUUCAGUAAGCGGGGAGAGUUUGGGGCUGCAUUCCUUUGACUCCUUUUACACAAGAAUAUUGAGUUUUACCUUCCUCCAUGAGCGGUGAAGAAACAGCUCAUCGACUAAACAUGAUCUGAUUUGCAAUCUUUUUGUUCUGCGCCAUAGUUGUUUCAUUGCAAAUAGCCCUGUAUCAGUUGCUAGUAUUUUAAGACAGUGUUGCUGAGUAUAUUAUACACAUUAGAGUGCAUGAAUUAUCGAAACAAAGGGAGGUACUGAGCUUCUCUGCUCACUUUCUACAGAUCCUGUUCUUGCAAUCCUGUCAAAUUUCACACUUGUCAAAAUUCUAAAUGCCUUUAAUUUCUAUUACUGAAAUAGUCUAUAGCUUCCCUGACUUCAGGAUUGCAGCAAUUAUAUUAAAAUGUAUUUGAAUAUGUUGAUUUAAUUAAUAACAAGUUUGGUGUAACUGAAAGGUUAUGUGUAUAAUAACCCACACUGGAAGUGAACUGCUUGAUGGUUCAUUUAAGGGGAUUGGGGAAGUUGCAUCAGCUUGGUGAAAGCUGUAUGUAUACAUGUCAUCAAAUCUGACACCACAGCCUUCUCAUCACCAGAUUUUACAUCACAUCAUUUAUUAACUCAUUAGUUUGCAAUUAUCAUCUUUAUUGUUAAAUGGAGAUAUCUCUGCUAACAUAGUGAUAGGUUUGAAAGAAGUAUGGUUGUUCAGAUCAGGGCUUCUCUGCCACAAGCUGUGAAGGGUCAGACGAAUGGAAAAACUGGUCAGCAACAUUCUAGUAGAAAAUCUCAGCCUAGCUGUCAGCAAAUAUACAGUCAGCAGAUUGUAUGUUUCUGUUACGAGUCUCAGUUCCAGUGAAGAAACAGUGUGGUAUAUUGUGAGCUAUUACAUUGUAAAUCUGCAACUCCAUCACUAAUGUGCUCAGAAUCCAACUUGUAAGCGUGUACUUUCUGCUACCUAAUGUUGUUCUGGGUAAGGGAGUGAACACUUCCAGCAUUGAAUAAACCAUUUGGCAUUAGUAA